GUUUCUGUCUCCAUUUAAAUAAUGCCUAUUUCAUCCCACAGUCACAGUGGACAAUUCUGUAAACAUGCUUUUUGUGAACUAGAAGAAAUAGUUCUCAGGGCUAUCGAAGUUGGUUUUACCCACUAUGGACUCUCGGAACACAUGCCUCGGUAUGAGCCGGAAGAUUUGUACGAAGAAGAAAUAGAGGUGAGAUUUAUUAUUUCGCUUUCUUAACUGAGUGAAGAUUCAUUAUAAUAUCCGAUAAGCGUACGGCGCUCAUCGUUUUCAACAAUAAGAUUUAGGUUAAGAUUAUUGCUGCGGAGCGACCGUAGGGAGCGAGCAGCAACAUAAUCGGGAUUUAAGGGAAAUAUAUAUGGUAAGACGAAUCCUCGAAUUCAUCACUUUUUACCAGAAUUCAUUGCAUUUAACCAUCCUCGCUCGUCGCUGCUCUGGACGUUUCGCGCGUAGGAACGUCUGCGACUCAGUGGUAGAAAUUCCAUACUGAUGACGCAAAUCAAUGUUUAUAUAAUAAAGCCGGUAGUCAGAUCAUGAGUUCCAAAUAUAAAUUUGUUCAAUUUUAUGUGUCUUCUGGUCGAUUUUGGUAUACCGUUGUGUUCAUCUACCAACGAGCUCAAGCAAAACUCAAAUACUUCUUCUAGAGAAGACUAUAUUCCCCAAAUUCCACAAAUAUUGACUGUUUUGGUAGAGAUUCCGUGACAUGUACAUACAGAGUGCAUUGCGGUACUUUUUACCAGAAUGCAUUGCGUCACGAACAACUCAAAUUAAAACACGAGGAAAUUUGGUGGCUGAGAGCAUUCAUUGUUCGCUGCCCAGACUCAGAGUUUCUUUGUGUCAAAUUUUCUACAGCAGGGUUAGAGGUCUUACCAAAUUUAAGACACUAAGGAGUCUUUCAGAUGAGUAUGAUGGUUAACUUUAGGAUUAGCCUGCGUGGCAGGCGUUUGAAAGGGAAGGGAAGGGGAGUUUAAGGCUCGAGAGAAACACAAGAGGCAUGUGAGGAGGGAGGGAAGGAAACGCCUGCAAGGAAACCAUUGUUUUCGCCAUCCUGCCUACUAAUUAUGUAUGCAAAAAUGACGCAAUUGUAAAUGACUAGCUGUCAAAUAAGUCUGUCAGCGAUGCACGUAAUUUUAGCUUUUGUUUUUCUAAAACGAGAUAUCUGAAGUGUAGGUACAUUCUAUAAAAAAAAAGUUCAAAUGCAGCGGUCAUCCGUUGGAAGAAGAAAGUUGCAAUGAUGCGUGUCUUGUUAUAUAAAAUCGAGCAUAAAUCUAUUACGUCGUUUGCUGAAGGAAACAUGCUGGAUGUUGCAACUUGCAUGCAAUAUCUGUCUGAGAAAAAUUUAAAACACUUUGCCAGCUCACGAAUUCUUGUAAGUCUCACUGCCUAACCAAUGCCAGUAUCAACAGAAUGUGCCACAGCAUUACUAUCUUUUAGAUACCCCAGUCUCUAAAAUAAUGAGCUCAUCCUCAGUGUAUUAUCCGUGAAACUCUCAAGUGACGGAAAACAAAGGAAACACAGAAGUCAACACAAGAGAACCUAGGAAAACAAAAGGUGCACAACAAAGAAAAAGUUCACAGGUUGUUACACUGAGGUAAACCCAAAUAAUAGCUCAAUCAAUUCCAAGUGUGCCUAUCCCCCCUCCGUCCCCAUCCAUUUGUCAGGCAUCUGUUGUCUUAUCAGUCCGGGUGGCGAGGUUUGUUCAAAAACCUCUACGCGGAGAUUUUACAUUUUUCAAUUCUUCUUGAAGCGGUUAACAGCUCUCCUUUUUCAAUAUUUCCCUCUAGAAUAUGCCUAUUUAGAUAGCUAUAUAUAUUUCUGUAAAAAAUAUUGUUAAUAAAUAUGUUUAAAAUGAUACAAGACAGUGGUUUUCACUCCAUCACCACCCUAUCAAGCUUGCCCUCCACCCCCGUUCCCCAUUAGGCAUUUUUCAGGUGUUAGCCAGUCAGUUAAGUUCCAUGUUCACUGUAUGUUCCCACUUUUCCCAUGUUGGGCUAUUGUCAUCAAAUGGCCUGCUCGAAGGUGGGAAUUUGCCAUAGUGGACUUUCAUGUAUUUCUUCUUGCACUUUUAAAAUGGAUAAAUCUAUGGCACGUACAUGUUAAGUGAACAUUCAUGAUUACAAGCUAAUUAAAGAAAGAUGUGUUACCACAAACUUUGAGUUCUAGCAAAAUAAUUGUCCUCACCCUCCCUGAAUACUUGCCUGCAGAAAGUGUAAGAAUGGCCACUACUAGAGAUUUAAGAGGGAAUAGCAAGCCACUGUGGAGAAGAAGUUGAAGUGAAAUUGUACUUGUUUGCAAAGAUUGACAGUACCCUACAAGCAGUAAAGGAAAAUGCAGAAAAACCAUCUCAGGGUGUUCAUUAGGCAUCGGAGAUUGGAGAGUUCUCAGUUUAUGAUGCAGAAUUCUCCGGCUAACAUUCGGUAACCUAUGACUAUUUUUUAUUCAGAGUUGGAGCCUUUUUAAAAAUAUUAUCCUGUAACAUUACACCUUUCUCCUGCUACUAGAAUUCUAAAUGAAAACCUUGCAUCUAAAGUUAACCAUAAAAGUCCAAUGAAGGUUUUGUUCUACUAAUCAAAAACUAUCUUGACAUUUUGCUUUCUGGGCAUGCUGUUGCAUUCAUUGACUUACUCUCUCAAUUAUAAUGCUAAUUUGCAAUCUUUAGGCUCUUUCAAGAAAAAUUAAGUUUUUCUUUGUUUUAAGGGUCAUGGCCAUGACCCUACAAUGAGGUUCUUAUUUGAAUCUGCUAGCCUCUUGCUGGGGGUAGAAAAUAACACAUUCUGUACGUUUAAAUGUCAAUGUGUUAAGCAAGGAAAUAGUGAUUAAGGAUGCUAUCUUUAUUUCUCUUAUUGGAAAUGAGGCUGCCAUUUUACCUUGUCAUUCAAGACACGUGAAGGUCCGGCCACUUGCAGGGCAAAUGCAGUACCUUUAUUACUCAGUUGGUCUAACACCCUGAGUAUUGGUCUGGCCUCUAAAAAUCAAACCCACAACGUUCCACUCUGCAGUCGAGUGCCUGUCCAACUAAGCUCAUGAAAUCCUGCCCAUGGUUAGGUUAUGCCCAACUUUCCAAGGAAAAAAGGGCAAAUACCUGACAAAUGCCUUGUUGGGGGGGGCAAAUUGGCCUGUUUGGAAUUACAAAUUGAAACGGGCAGACAUACAGUACUGAAAACUCCGGAAAAUCUUCAAAUUUGCCCCUUCUGCCACUUAAAUGAAGUUGAACAUGCAUUACACUUUCUAUUCAAUUGUAAUCUUUAUGAUAGUCUUUGAUCUAACUUUAACAGAAACAUCAUGAAAAAGAUACCACCAUUUUAAUAAUUUUGACAACAAUGAAAAAACCCUCUUUAUGUUUAACAAUGUCAAUCCUCAUAUCUACAGACUUACAGCUGCUUAGACAAGUUCAUUUAUGGAAUAUAGACAGAAACUUGUUCUUUAUUAUAGCCUUUAUUUUGAUGUAAGAUUUAUAACAUAAAUAAUGUAGGUAACUCCAUGUACUCAUGUGGGAAUACUGAAAUAACGUUGUUGACUGAGCCACAAGUUUAUUUGCUUGACAGGGGGUACUUGUCAGUUGUGACCAUGCUUGAAAUUAAGAUGGAGAUAGUUACCAGGUUGAGGGCUGUAACUAAUGGAUGGGGCUGGGGAUUAAUUUCUGGCUAGUACGAGCAUGACUAUUUUCACAGGAAAAAAAAAGACAAAACUAAGAACUAAAGAAGUUCCUAUUUGUUCAAUUCCCUGCCUACUAAACUAACGUCAGGGUGGCAAGUUAAGAGGGAUACUCGUCACACAUCACCAGACUUUUUUAAGGCCUUCAUUCAUCACAGGGAAAAAAUUAGCCAUCACGCAUAAUGUACAGGUAGGUGAGGUGCAAUUGCAGAAGGUUAAUAUGGCAACAUCUCAACCCAUUGAUUAAAUCAGCUCUAAUGAUUAAUAAAAAAAUUGUUUUAAUCGUUUUUGAGUAGUUGAUUGAAUUGAUCUUAAUUGUACAAAAGGGUUCUCUGAAAUCUGGUGUUGUUCAAAUGUUAACCAUAUUGACCAGUAUUGUUUAGAAACAAGAAAAAGGACCAGUAAAUGAUGUCAUGACUAUCUGUUUUUAAUGUCUGUGCUUCUAGUUUCAUAUGAUAUUCACCAAUCACAGAAAUCCAAAAGGAAAUUCAAAAUCAUGCAUCACAGGUUAUAAAAAUAGUAAAUCAUGCACCAGCCUGCUAUUUCGAAUCACGGCUAAUUUAAACCCGAUCACAGAUCACACUGAUAAUAUAUUUAUAAGAUCCACCAUACCUUACGGAAAGCCACCCUGAAACAUGUACACUGGAUAGCAGUGACGUCAGCCCUGUCCUUAGAGACAUUUCAGUAAAGUUCAUUGCAUCUUUGAAGUUAAUACAUUCCUGUGCCAGUAAAGGACUGAUGUGGAGUAUUAACAAAAUUAAACAACAAUCCUAGCACUGCAUGCCCCCCCUGAUCAUGAUACGCUUAACAAUACAUUGUUUAUUACUAUCCCUCUACAUUAUUCUUAUUACUAUGGCUAUGUCUGGUAUUAUAUUUUGUUACAAAAAUGUAGAGUUUUACAUGCAAUGAGCAGUAAGAAGUAAGCUGAAACCAUUCUAGGCAUACAGAUCAGAGAUGGGUGGGAAGUGGAGGAGGGGGGGCGGGGUUUAGAUGGUAGAUGGCCUGCGACCUACUGUACUGUGUAGUUUUGUUUGUGACAAAAACAUUUUAUCUAAAAAAACUUGGCCUGUUGCUUUCUAUUAAAAAUCAAUGUCACUCUAUAGUUCUUGUUCAUGCCCAAUAUACACUGUAUAUCUAUGUAUCUCACCCCAAUUAAAAAUUUUAGGAAUUCUUCUUUGAACUAAGGGCAAUAAAUUUUGCCGUGUUUUAAUUGAUUUUUGCAGUUUCAUAUAGCUUGUACCAGGCUCUAGCUCACAGAAUGAGAGUAGGCAUGUCACAAAAACAAGGCAAGUGAAAAGAAGAUGCACCUGAUUGGCAGAAGUGGGCCUCCACUCUCCAAAUUCCCCACCUGUUUUUCGCAUCAGUUUUCAUGAUCUCUGCGCAUUACUAUCUUGGAGCCUGAAACAGGCUAAGACUUACAGCAAUAUGUAAAAAUCAAGACCCACCCAAAAUUUUUUAAACUGCACAGUACCAUCUUAUUUGCAACCAAUGCAAGAGUGCUGUCAAUCAGUAAAAUUCAUGGAGUAAUAUAUUUAAACCUAAAGGGUGCUUUCCAUUUGUCAGAACAGAAUUGGCAAAACCUGUCAGGUCACCAGGAGAAUUCCCCUAUUAACCUUUUAAGUCCCAGUAGUGAUCAACAUCAAUUUUCUCCUGACAAUAUCCAUAUGUUGCCAAGAGAAAUUGUUAUGAGAGUUCAUAAAAUGAUCACUAAAGAGAAAACGCCUUGAUCUGUUAACAAACUCUCUCAACUAAUUCUUUAACAGUAUGGAGAAUUUAUAUGUGGAUAUUGGGGCUUAAAGGGGUUAAUCAGGACUAUCCAGCCAGAUCAGUUUAUUUCUAAAUGGUGUGUGCAAGGCAGUGAUGGGUUUAAUAAAAAUUUGUGAGAAGACUAAUAUUCUGAAAUACAUCAUUGUACAGUUGAACCCCACUUUAUGGACACCUGCUUAAUACAGAUACAUACUUUUUAUGGACAGUUUGCUUUGUCCAUGGGAAAAGAAAGCCCUUGCAAAUUUUUCUAUCUUCAACCCACUGAAUAUGGACACCCAGUUAAUACGGACACUUUCUAUGACCCCCUUAGUGUCCUUGUUAAUGGGAUGUGAGUGUCUUUCUUUUGUGACCAGUCUGGCUGGCCAGUUCUGACUUUUCAAAAGUGCUCUAAAACAACUGAAAAUGAAAUCACACUAUGAUUCAUUUUACUUUUUUAGGAAAAUAUGGAACCUUCUGAACUCUGUUGCAUUUUUGAGGAUUUUGUCAAGGAAGCAAGGCGUCUUCAGGACAAGUAUAAGGACAAAAUUUCUCUCAUUGUUGGCUUCGAAACAGAUGUUAUUAGAAAAGACUGUUUUGAGAGGAUAAAGACGCUGAAAAAAGAUCUGGAACUAGAUUACAUUGUAGGAUCCAUUCAUCAUGUUGAUGGAAUUCCAACAGACAUCAGCCUAGAACUUUAUGAAAAAGCAGAAAAAUUAGCUGGAGGAACAGAGCUGCUUAUGUGUCAAUAUUAUGAUCAACAAUAUCAGCUAUUGCUAGAAGUUAAGCCUGAGGUCAUUGGCCAUUUUGACCUCAUUAGGUUGUACAGACCUGAUUUUGAAUUUACAGAUAUUAUUUGGAGGAAGAUUGUCAGAAAUGUCGACUUUGGCAUAUCUUAUGGAGCAUUGUUUGAGAUAAACACAAGUGGCGCUUCCCCAUCAAAGAAACUGAAAAACCCACACCCACAUAAAAGAGUUCUAGAGGUAAGUGAAAUAUGGUUAUGUCCAUUGAGGGAUAUUAGGGAGUUUUAGCAGCCACUAAGGUGACAGCAAUAGGCUUAGGGCCUGUUUAUAUGAGUUGAGCCAGCCUGGCCUGCUUUACCAGCCUGGCUGGGCUUAUGCCUUGUUUUCACGUUAAAUUUUUGUUGUGUUUAUAUGAGAAGGUGGGCUAUCCUGACUUACCAAGAGAUCUCAGCAUUACAGCCAGCCCGCCUCCCCACAUAAACGCAAAAUGGGGCAUGAGCCUAGCCAGCCCAUUACAAGCGGGCCAUGUUGGCUAAAACAGACCCCUAAUAAGCAAAACAAGAACUCUGCACGUACAGCACACUUAUUGGUACAUUUCUUUGUCAUCAUUACAUCACUAUGACGUGAACAGUUUUCCUUGUGCUGUGUCUAAAAGAAGGAAUGACAUAAAAUGAUCUAAAUGUUACCUAAAAUGGCUCAAAUUGAGCUACAACUGCCAAUAUCUAAAAUACACUUAGAUUUCUCAAAUCACUUAAAAUUGUCUAAAGGCAAAAUGGUGAAAAUGGCGUCACUGACUUUGCAUGUGCUUUGGAAACAUUUAGAAUAUUUAAAAGUGGGGACUUGACUGCAAAACAGUUGGUAGAGUCUCACAUGUAAGAGUCUCUCCCCAGUCUCGCUCUCUGUUUUCAGCCUCGCUCCAGACCUUUUGUUUGACUGUUCGCGCGUACUUAAAUACGGGCUGUUUUGCAGUCUAAGGGUUGAUUUCCAGUGUCACGUAAUUUUACAUGCGUAAAUAAAAUAGAAGCAAUGUUUGAAAGGCCACGCACAAACGUAAAGGUUGAGCAAGGUUCAACUUCACAUAUAUGCUUGACCUUCCAUACAUUGCUUUUAUUUUUUUCACUUGCGUAAAUAAAUUAGACGCAGUGUAUAAAAAGUCGCACAUAAAAGUAAAAGUUGAACCUGGCUCAACUUUAACAUUUACGCGCGACACCUCAAACACUGCUUUUAUUUUAUUUACACGCGUAAAAAUGUACAUGGAAACCCACCUUAAGUCUUCUUGCUACUCGGUGGGAAGAUGAUGGCACGAAAAAGAAAAAGUUUGCUCAGUAACGCAGUUUUGAUUGGACUAGAGCUCGUUUAUUCAGAUAGUGCCGAAGAUUUGAGGGUGUGCCUAGCAACCUAGUUGUGAUUGGUGCAGCGCUAACAGUGCAAAAAUUUUGAGUUUGCCUGGUAAUGUAGGUUUGACUGUAACCACCAGGCUUUCAAUAAAAUUUUGCCACGUAUAUCUAAGCUCCAAAAAUUGGACCUGAUUUUUGUUUAGUAUGUUUGGUACAGAGUUCACAGCGAAAAAUUUGCAAAUUUGCCCAGCAAAGGAAGAAGUUCGAUGUUUGAAACUGGCCUUAACUUAAUCAAUUACCAUGGUUUUUCCCUAGUACUUGGUGGAGUCUGGUGCAAAACUCACCCUGUCCGAUGAUGCACAUGGUACUGGCGAUGUUGGUUUCUGGUACAACAACUUGUCUCAGUACCUAACUGAUAACAGGGUCACUGAACUGCACUACCUUGUGCCCCACCCCCAGAAAAAAGUGGUUUGUAGAAAGAUAGUGGAUUGUUUAAGUCAUCCAUUUUGGACACACUGCAGGGAAUUUUUGGAAGAGAAUUAG